AUCACGAAGUACACACUCAUGUUGGUCUGCGAUCUCGAUCUAUCUUUGCAAGACGCUAUCCAGACAUUAACCAACGACGUGGAUCAGCUGUAUGCAAAUCCUCUCUGGCAAGACAUUUAUGAAAAGAGAUUUAGGAAAAAGGCAAAAUCAGAAAAUCUUCCAGGACAUGCGCCGAGAAUUGUACAGCAUGUUGGUCUACCAAGCAUGUCAAACAUCAACGCUAGCUGACAUGUGCAGAUACUAUGAGGUUGAACCUGACUACUACGAGUGGUCAUUGAAUCGACGAGCUUACAAAUUACAAACAUCAGUGGCCAGUCUCUGCAAGAGUGUUGUAUUCGAAAACACGCGUUGCGAACAUAACGAUUUUACAGAUGCCGGUAACUCCAAAUACUAUUGUGUUAUCACGCAAUACAUAACGUCAAUCAAUACCAGCAAAAUGAUAGACAAGGUCCGCGAGCUAACCGACAAUAGCAUAUCAAAAAAGAAAUAUAAUUUUAGAUUGACAAGCGCAGAGAACUCCUUUGCAUUGACUGGGUACGACAACAAUGGUGUUUGUCCAAUGGGUAUGAACCAAAAGAUACCCAUUAUCCUUUCAAAGGCUAUCACGGAACUCAAGCCUGCAAUUAUGUUCCUUGGAGCAGGAGAUGUCAACUGGAAGAUUGCUGUGCCAAUUGAAGAUUUUAUUCGUGAAACGAAUUGUUUAAUAAUGGACUUGUCAUGAUGCAAGCACCACAGGAUUUGUCCGUCCUCCCAUUUCAAUGUCAUCAGGUCAGGCUGUUGAGCUAAGUAAAGUGCAGCUUGGCUGAGCUCAGUUUUUGGUUUCACUUGCGAUUAUUAGAAGACUUUGAACAAUGCAUGAUGAAGAAAAUAAAGUAACAAUAUAAGCCUUACUGAUCUGACGAAAAGAAAGGAAACCAUAUCAUCAAG